AUGAGGGUUAGACAGAUUUUAGCCAGUCUCCACUUCUACUUGGGCUGUUUCAUCGGUUGUAUAUUGGUUCCUAUAUUAUCAUUGAUUAACGUAGUCUUGUUAUUCCCAUUCUAUAUCUACAAUCCCAGUUACUUUUACAAAGCUCAGCUAUCUAUCGUUGUCUUUGGCUAUGUCUACAUACCAGUACUUUUCAACCCUUACAUUACGUGCAAGAUGGAAUCUGAUGAAAAUACUUUCAGAGGCCCUGCCAUCUACAUAUUCAACCACAUUUCUAACGCAGACCCAUUCAUUAUAUCAUGUUUGUUGAGGUUUCAAUAUGGUUUUGUCUACAAGGAUUCGUUACAUAAGAUCCCUUUUUGCAAUAUAACCUUACCCUUAUCGGGUAACGUCCCUGUUAGAUUUCAUUACAUUGAUGGCAAAAAAAUACCAAUUAAGGAAAAUCUGACCGAAUUGUUUGACACCUGCAAACGUAGGUUAGAUACUGGAAUUUCACUCAUCAUUUUCCCAGAGGGCACCAGGUCUCGCGACGGCAAGCUCAAGGCAUUCAAGCACGGGUUCUUCCGGCUAGCCCUAGAGCAUGGGUAUCCGAUCGUUCCCUGUGCUAUUCAUGGUACGGAGAAGAUCUUUCCCCGCUACUCUAACAUAUUGAACCCUGGUCACGCCUAUGUCCGCAUGGGUAAGCCCAUCUGGCCCUCCGAUAUACCAGGCCUAAAUUGUAAAGCCGGAUGCGGUACCUCCGAGGCGGAGAGGACCCAGGUGGACGCUGAGAGUGUUGAAAAACUGGCAAAUUUAAUGCAGCUGGAAGUCUACAAGUUGAUCAGGAAGUUCUCGUCUUUUACCAACGACCAGCUCGUACAGGAGCUGGAAGAAAAGCUCAAGGCAAAUUAA